AGUAUAGAAUAAAAAUCACCUAUUUUUCAAUUGUUUAGUGGGUGGUGUGGGUAAAUUUUCCAAAAAAGACGAUGGAACAGUCAGAAUCGGAAAAUAAUACGGAGCUUGGAGACAAAAAGUCCUACGCCGGAAUUCCCGAAGCCGAGUUUGUCGAAGAUGUGGAUGCAUACAUGGCGCGGCCUGAAAAUAACAAAAACGUGGAAGAGGUAUUAAAAAAAUUGGAUAACCAACAUGCUAAAUACAAGUUUAUGGAAUAUAAUUUGUUGUCGAAGAAAAAAAGACUCCAGAACCAAGUACCCGAACUAAAGCGUUCAUUAACAAUGAUUGAAAAAUUAGGGGAACAGAAAAAUGAAUUUGAAACUCAAUUUUUGCUCAGUGAACAAGUUUUUGCAAAAGCUAAAGUGCCACCAACCGAAACUGUUUUCUUGUGGCUGGGGGCGAAUGUCAUGCUUGAAUAUAGUUUAAAAGAUGCUCAGGAACUUCUAACGCAGAAUAUCGCUGCUGCUACUAAGAAUUUAAAAUAUGUUGAACACGAUCUAGAUUUUUUGAGGGAUCAGUUUACAACUACUGAAGUCAAUAUGGCAAGAGUUUUCAACUGGGAUGUAAAGAGGCGUCAGGCUGCCAAAGCAGCAGCAAAAUGAAAUUUUCAGUGACCAUUUAGCACUGUUUUUAAUUUUGUUACAAGAUCUGUCACUGUUGCUUAUGGUGUAAUAUAUCGUCCAGUUUUUUGCAAAAAAUAUAUUUUCGCGCUCGCACUUUUUAAAAGAGUGCAUGUAAA